GUCAAGCCGGUUACUCACAGUAGAAUCACUGCGUCAGCGCGGUUUCGAAAGCCGCUCCAGGAGCCCUACACUAUUUUCCUGAUUGCUAACGGGGACCUGAUUAGCCCUGUAGUGCGCCUCCUCAUUCCCAGGAAAACACUGAGUCACUGGGAUCAUGUUCUGGAAAUGGCUACAGGAAAAGUUACCCUCAGAAGUGGAGCUGUUCACAGGCUUUACACUUUAGAUGGAAAACUUGUUCAGAAUGGGUCAGACUUGGAGAACGGUCAAAUUUAUGUUGCAGUGGGCAGAGAAAAGUUUAAGAAGUUGCCGUAUGGUAAUCUGCUGUUUACCAAAUCUACAGUGAGAAGGCCACAGGGUUCCAAAGCCUCUGGGCGACCUCCAGUUCCGGGAUCUCGAAAGUCUAAAGACAGUGGAAAUGAUCGUCAAUCUAAAUCUACUGUUGGAUCCAGUGACCUGGGAGAAAACAGUUCAUCUCCCCAGCCUCCUGAAAGGAAAGAGAAAAAAACACAGAAUCCAGAGGAUCCUGUGUCCAGAGACUUUUCUGACAGCUCUACAGAAGUAAAACAGACAGGAAGAGUAACAGCUUCCACAGGACUCCUUCAGGAUAAUG